CCUAUAUCCUUCGAGAUAUUGCUCGCUGCUGCAUUCGUGCUCUUCACUAGGCGGCUAUGAGAUUAAAGGGUCCUAGUAUUGGGUUCAACUGCACAGAACGAACCAUCGUCAUCCUAAUGGAGGGGCGGCCCCAUGUGCACCAAGCGAGUUUAGAUGACGAGUCUGACUCGUGGCUUGACUUCAUUUCCUAUAUCUUCGUUAUCCAACAUCGCAUAAUCCUGCUCCAAGGCUUCGUCUUACAUCAGAGUCUUUUUUCUGUCUUUCCUGUCCUCCGUUCAUCCAUACUUUGCUUGCUUCUCUUGUUUCGCCGUCUUCUUCUACAUCAACAGCACAAGUGGACCCUCAACACCCUAACAGCUGGGUUGCUAUUUGCCUGACUCAAGUCAUUCCAUGAAACUCUACUAAGAAAAACAGGUUCAGCCUUCAUCAGAUGCGAAGAGGCCCCCGACGUGGAAGAGGUAGAGAUCAAAAUCCCAACCGGGGCACGUCUUCUAGGAGAGACACAUCAAAUCCACCAUCAACCUCUCAAACCAGAUUCACUUCACGACAGACCACCGCACGAAACAGUCGCAGUCACGCAUCGCUCAGGCGUUCAGCUCGCAUUGCGGGAUUACUCAACGGAGAAUCAGAUCAUCAAUUAAUCAACGCCACAUCCUCGAUGGCUGACGUUGCAAGGCCAAGAGCGCUAGGAAGCAGAUCUGUUCGCUCGAGGCAUCAAUCUGGAAACCAUCAUACUUCAGAACGAUCAAGAUCAGGUCAGCAUUCUCCAUCACCGGAAGAGAUUCGGUACGCCAUGGAUAUCGUAGUACAGCCGCCACGAACUGCCCGAGUUGGUCAGACAAUGCCUGGAUCGAUCGUGGUGCGAUUACGAACCAUCAACGCGGAUACUGAUGAUGCUGUUGCAGACUCGACAAAUCUUGUUGCAGUCGCCGCUCUGGUUCCGGGCCCAAACACUCCGGCCUCAGUGGAUCCGAACGCUCUCAAUGCGGCACUCGCCGGGCGGAUCUUUGACUCUAUUCACCCAUUCAACGACGAUGAAGCAGAUGGAUCCAUUGCCUCCAUGGAGAUGGCCGAUCCCCACGGUGUAGGCUAUAUGCGCUUCCCUGAGCUCAUCAUUCGCCAAGCUGGUACCUAUCGAAUACGCAUUACUCUCAUCCGCAUCCGCAACUCUGCUACAGAUCCACCAGUCACAUCUGCAGGCAAUGGCUUGGCUGUGCAUGUCGUCGAUAGUAACCCCAUCAUUGUCAAUGGGGGCGGAUCUUCGUCAAAUAUGGCUGCAUACAAUGGGGACGGGGAUAUAGAUGAUGGUGGUUGGCUUGAUGUUUUGCGAUCCAUCCAGGACCGACGCAGAUCGCAGGGUUGAUUGGUGUUUUGUACGAUUAGGGGAUUUGAUUCCGGCAAGGUUAUCAUUUCUGGCGAAGCAGACAUUUGGUUACAAAUGAGAACGUGACGUUACAGAACAAGAUGGCCAAGGCUGUGGUGAGGCUUGGACUUACUUGUACAUGGACUUUAUGCCCUUGUAGGCCUGGCGCAACGAACGCAUGGUUGCCGAUUUUUCUAUUGAUGCAUUGC